GACGCCACGGCACACGCCAUACCCUCCCCCGCUCCCCGCAAGCAGCCGGAAGCUCUCCUCCCCAAAUCCUUCCCCGAUGGUGGAGCGCAACCCCGGCUGCGAAAUCGAGUUCGAAUUCCGACGCGUUCCCAUGGAGCUCAGGAUUUAGGUGUGAGCUGCGCCCCUCGUAUGGAUCCAGAUGUUCUCGUGGGGCCGUAAGCAGUCCUCUUCCUCCGGCUCGCCCUCGUCCUCCUCCGGCCGCCGCCGCGGCGGGACGGACGCCUCCAUGGACUCCAGCAGCCGCGGCGGCGGCGGGAGCGGGAGCCGCGGCCGGAGCCCGCGGCUGGAUCGCCGCAACGCGGCGAAGCGCAUCGAGUACGAGGUGGGCGCGGGGGCGUCCGCGUCGGUGGGCGCGUCGUGGUCGUCCUCGUCCUCGGCGGAGCAGCAGCGGUCGCCGGGGCUCCGACCCUCGCGCUCGCUCGACCUUGCCCCCUGCGCGGACCUCCGCAUCAGCGGGAGCGCGGAGGGGGAGGUCGACGAGCUCUGCCGCAGCCUGGGGCUCUCGGGGCCCGAGGAGUUCGCCAUCCCCCUCGCGGCCUGGGAGGCGCGCAAGUCGCGCUCCAAUUCCGACCUCCUCCCGCGCCCCCGCCUUGUCCCGUCCCCUGCCGCCGACGAACUCUCGCCCAUCGCGCGCGCGGUCUCGGCGCCCAAUGUUCAGCCUGCUCUAUCCGUCCCUGCCCCCAUUCCUGAGGAGUCGCUCCACUCUUCCUCCACCUCCACCGCCACCGAGUCGGCGGAGGAGCCUACCGUUGCGGCGCCCGAGGAGUCCCCCAAGGCUGCCCCUGCCGUUGCUGUUGUGCCUCCCGUCGGGGGUUUGCCCCUCCCCUCGCCAAAGAGGGGAGGGGGGGAGGUAGGGAUACGGGGCACCCGGCCGCCUCUGCUCUCCCCGCCCCCGCCAAUCACUGCACUCGCUCCUCCGCCGGUGAGGAGGCCCGUUGUUGCUGAUGACAUGACUGGGUCGGCUUGGGACAUUGUGCAGUCGUUUGCUCCCAGUGAAGAGAGAAGUGAAUUUGGAGGGGCUCAUGAACGCGCGGAGAAUCGUCACGUGUCAGACACAGAGGAGGAGGAGGCUGAGGAUGGGGUGGCAGCGGUGGAGGGGGAGCUGAAAGAGUUGAGAAUAGGAGAGACCUUCGAGGGUUUCACUGGAACAUCUUCCUUGUCGACAACAAACGAUGAUGAUGCAUCCAGUACAACCACGGAAGCCAUGUUCAUCAUCUCACCAAAUGGCAAGUUCAAGCGGAAGAUUAAGUCAUGGAUGCGUGGUGCUCUUCUGGGAAGCGGCUCAUUUGGAAUGGUGUACGAGGGGAUCAGUGAUGAGGGUGCAUUUUUUGCUGUGAAGGAAGUAUCUUUGCUUGAUCAAGGAAGCAACGCACAACAAUCUAUUCUUGCCCUUGAGCAGGAAAUUGCUCUUCUUAGUCAGUUUGAACAUGAAAAUAUAGUCCAGUAUUAUGGAACUGACAAGGAAGAAUCAAAACUCUAUAUCUUUAUUGAGCUUGUCACUCAAGGAUCUCUUUCAUCCCUCUAUCAAAGAUAUAAACUACGAGAAUCGCAAGUCUCGGCAUACACAAGGCAGAUUCUUAAUGGAUUGCUUUACCUUCAUGAGCGAAAUGUUGUCCACAGAGAUAUCAAAUGUGCCAAUAUAUUGGUUCAUGCGAAUGGUUCUGUAAAGCUUGCAGAUUUUGGAUUGGCAAAGGAGAUGUCAAAAAUUAAUAUGCUAAGAUCAUGCAAAGGAAGUGUUUACUGGAUGGCACCUGAGGUUAUUAAUCCUAAAAAGAUGUAUGGGCCUUCAGCUGACAUAUGGAGCCUUGGCUGCACUGUAUUGGAAAUGCUAACUCGGCAAAUACCAUUUCCUAAUGUCGAGUGGACAAAUGCUUUCUUCAUGAUUGGAAGAGGGGAACAACCUCCUAUUCCCAACUACCUGUCAAAAGAAGCACAAGAUUUCAUUGGCCAAUGUGUAAGAGUUGAUCCAGAGAACCGGCCUUCUGCAUCACAACUUUUGGAGCACCCAUUUGUUAACAGACCGCUGCGAGCUUCUUUUGAAUCUUCUCCCCCUGGCAUCCCCUCGUAGUACUGAUGGGUGGCGCUUGUCUUUGUGAAGCCAAUGCUUAGGUCAUGUACCGAUCUUCAUGAUUUCCACUCGUGGUGCCAGAAAGGAACAACGAGGGUUUGUUUAGGAUAUAGUUUAGUAUGUGUAGUCAGUUGGGAUGGUGAGCUUCGGUAUUGGAUGCGUUCCAUUGUAUUCUUUGGGUAUUCUUGGUUAGGCAAAGGGUUUUCCAUUCAGUAGGGUUCUUUUUCUGCUUUUUGUACAUUUGCUAGGCAAAAGGGGUGGAAUUUACUGUGAUAGUGUUCUAGACUUAGCCGAUGCUUGUAAAUGUUUGACACCAUCAUUCUUUACUUCAUGGCUUGUUUGCUCGAAAAGCUGGUGAAUUUAUAGCUUUC